GUGGGUGUGCGCAGGCUUGCGGUACAUCGUCUGACAGCAUGUCGUGCAGCUGUGCCUUCUUCAACACCCCUCGAGGCUGCAAGUUCGGCACGAGAUGCAUCAAGUCUGUCCUCUUCAAGCCGCAAAUCGACUGAGCUCAUGCCGGCUCGUCGCAGCCAGCACAUCCGUUCGAGUGCCGCGACUGGUGCUGCAGCGACUGGCACCGUCGAGUAAGCUCUCAUCACUUGCCUUGCCUCAGUCUCUGCUGACGGUCAUCCGGGACAGCCCUGCUGCCAUACGGACCGACUGGAGUUCAGAGAAGCCUCUCUGGCCUCUCUCUGCCUAUGGGCCCACAAAGCAUGCACCCACUCUCAUUAGCGACGUCGAGCACUCGCCCGAAGAGAUCAGGCUCGAGUUCUACCAAGCUCGCGCGCAGAACGCUCCUCACUUGAUCGUACGCUAGCGUCCAUCUCCUUCAUCGCCGUCAGCACUGAUCGCAGUCGAGCAGAGAGAGGCAGCUCUGAUACAACAAGCUGAUACGCUCACCAAGCAAGUCCUAGCGAACACCGACGCAGUCGCCCAAAAAGCAAACGAGUCGCUCGCGUCAACUCGCCCAAGUCAGCCUACCUCAGGCGG